GGGGGGGGGCGUCCCAGCUCCAUUAUAAACGGGAGAUCCCGACGUGAGCGGCAGACGCAGCCGUGUCACUCGCCACGCUCGUCAACAUGAGGUCCCACCUGAGCAUCGCCGUGCUGCUGGCAUGCAGCGCCCUGGCCGUGUCCGCCGUCUACCUGGACGAGCCGGCGCUCGCCGAGCUGGCCGAACGCGAGGGGUACGCGCUCACCCUGCACGCCGUGCAGCGCGCCCGGAGAGAGGCGUCCGAGCGAGACCAGGAGUGCCGCUGCCCACCCCCGGGCCCGCCCCCGUUCCCGGGCGGCGAUGAUGACGACAUGCCGCCGCCGCCGCCGCCGCCACCCGCGUCCGGGCCGGACGCCAGCAGCUCCGAAGAGCAGGGUGGCCGCCCCCGAGGCCCCCCGCGUGGGUGCUGGCCGCCGCCGCCGCCCCCGGGCCAGUGGGGGCCCCACGGGCCGCACCGCCACCACGGGCCGCCGCACCCCCACCGCAUGGGCGCCGAGUACCAAGGCCCGCCCUGCAAGCUGCGCCCGCUGUUCCGCGUGCCCGACAAGUUCAACUUCACCGCCAGGGUGGUGUGCUUCGACCGUUGGGAGCGCGACUCGGCCAAGCAGAUGGGCAUGGCGCCCGAGGACCGCUUCGACGUGGCCAAGUAUAAGCCCACCCAGCGCCGGUCUCUCAUGUGGAACAAGGGAUGUGACAUGCAGUGCCACUUCUUGGAGCUCGAAUUGCUCGCUGCCGACGGCGAGGACGUGACCCUGGACGCGGAGGCGCUGGCGGCGCUGCUCAAGGAGGACGGGGACUCUUCGGACGUGACGGCCGCGGUGGACGCCGCCGUCAAGAGCUGCAUGGAGAUGGGCGCCGAGAUGGUGCACGCCAAGCAGGUCUGCCGGAGCGGCGCCGACGAGGUGCUGUUCUGCCUGCAGCGCACCUUGGAGGAGACGUGUCCGGGCUCCAAGUGGCAAGGACAGCGCUCGUGCGACGAGGUUGAGGACGCUGCCUCCAAGCUGCGCACCUGCUGGCACCUGCGCCGCAUGAUGCACCCCCACCCCCACCCUCCGCCGCCACCGUUCUUCGACGGGCGCCGACCACCCUUCAUGCGCCCUGGCGGGCCCCCGCGCGGCCCCGGCCCCAUCGACGCCGACAUGCCCGAGAAGCCCAACGCCAUCAGCUCCGAGGACGCGUCUGCAAGCAAGAGCGAGGCGGCAUGAGGAGCAUACCCCGUGGCGCUGCCAGGAAAUCGCCGAAGAUGACGAAUUUCCGAUGAAGACAAACGCGUCGUAAGGGUUCCAUGUCAUCUCUAGUGAGCCGCCUGAAAGACAGGAAAUGUGUGCCACAAAACCCCCUAUAUGAGCCGGGUCCUUAACCGCGCCUGGUUAGAGAUCGACCAUGAAUCGACAUCGAGUCAAUAUCACUCGAUUUUGGCAAUACUGGUUGGAGUCUCUCAUUUAACAUCUUACGCAGACUGUGGAAAAUAUCAAUUCGUUUUUGCCAAUAUUUUACGUAUUUUCUUUUUGUUACCCUGUGUGUACCAUGUGAAAUAAAAGUUUUGCAACGACGAUACA